AUGUCGAAGUUCAUGUCACGUUCGGAUUCAUCUCAGAGUUCCGUUCGCAGCGGAAACGAGACGAGAAUAUCAUUGAAAGAAGGAACUAUGUCGCUGCAGCUGCAGUAUCCGCUGCUGACGAGAACAAAUUACGCGGCCUGGUCGAUUAGGAUGAGAGUAUAUAUGAAGGCUCAGGGCGUGUGGGGCGCGGUGGAAUCCGAUGAACCACUUGAUCCUCGGAGUGACGAGAUGGCUCUUGCCGCCAUUUUCCAAGGGAUAAGCGAAGAUACCAUCCUGCAGCUCGGUGCGAAAAAGACUGCGAAGGAAGCUUGGAACGCUCUGAGGACGAUGCAUCGCGGGAGGGCGCGAUCCCUCCGACGGGAAUUGGAGAGUCUGAAGAUGGAGGACGACGACUCGGUCGACGAUUUCACUGGAAAGGUUACGGCAUUGGUCAAUCAAUUGCGGUGUCUCGGAGAACACGUGGAUGAAUCGUAUGCGGUGAAAAAGAUACUGCGGGCCGCAUCUCCGAGAUUCAUCCAAAUAGUCGCCGUCAUUGAACAGUUUGGCGACCUCUCCAAAAUGACGAUCGAGGAGGUGACGGGGUCUCUAAAAGCACAUGAAGAACGGCUAAGAGAGUGGAAAGCUCGGAGGGAGUCCCCGAAGUGUGACGAGAAACGAUCGCAAAACCACUGGGAUCGUGGACGUGGACGCGGUAGAGGCCGUGGCCAUUCGGGGGAUGGAAGAGGGCCGACCGACGACGGAAACCACUACCGGAACUUCGGACAUCCACCAACACAGAGACAGAUCUGA